AUGAAGUUCUCAUCCACCCUCGCGGCCCUCGCCUUUGCCGCGGCCGCCACAGCCGCCCCCAGCAAGACGGAAGCGGAAUCGCCCAACCCGGUGGCCGUCGCGCCGCGCCAGGUCACGAGCGGCGCUGGUUCGUCAUGCAACCCCGGCUCCUACCAGUGCCGAAACGGAAACAGCGACAUCUACGUCUGCAACGGCAGCCGUAGCUGGCAGCUUAGCGCUCGGUGCAGCGCGGGCAGGUGUGUCCAGGCGAACGGAGGUGCCUACUGCACUUGA